AUGAUACCGAAGCAGAGACACGGCUAUGGCAGCAGUUCAAAAAAUCCCAUCAAUCCAACAUGUCAAGCAUUUCAUUCAUUUCCUUACCAGUUAGGGCAAGAUGUCCCAAUUCCUAUUCCUAUUCAUUCAACGCUACCUGGUAUUGGUCUCUCAUGUUCUGUCCUGUCAAUAACACCGUUGACUGAUAAUGUGGUCUCAUACAACUUAGGUGAUGAUGAACUAAACUACCAUAGUCAAUGGGAUGAAGAUGAUGAUAAUGAUGGGUAUAAUGACGAGGCUGAAGAUAACGAUGGGGAUAAUGAGGGAGGUGACAAAUUUGAGGGUGAUGAUGCUGAGUUUGUGAACGACGUUGGGAUUGACAAUGAAGUUGAGGUAGAGCCAAUGGAUGUAUAUGCCACAUCUUCUGCACCCUUGCAUGAAAUGAACAGAGUAAGUAUGAAUGCACCUUGUGCCACUAAUCAAGCUUCUUGCUCUAGAGAUAUAUCCAAGACAGUUGAUGAACUUGGUUUGACCUCAGAAAAGAUUGUAGUAUGGAGUGCUUUUAAAUCAAAUGUAGAAUUGCAGUUCAAUCAAUCGGUCUUCGCAAUGAAAUUGAACUUUGAAUAUCGAGUGAAGAAAUCUACGAAGAGUUUGCUAACUGUUGGAUGUUGCGGGGAUGGAUGUAAAUGGGGCAUGUGUGCAAGGAGGAUUCAAGGUUCAGAUACCUUCCUCAUCUCCAAGUUUUUUGGUGUGCAUAAUUGCAAAGACGAGGUAAUGAAACAUGAUCACAGACAAGCCCGAAGUCGUAUGGUUGGUCAAAUCAUAAAAACCAACUUCGAGGAUCCAAGUCGUCGUUAUAGGCCGAAGGAUAUUGUUAACAACAUGCGCAAAAAUUAUGGCGUUAACAUCCAGUAUGAAAAGGCGUGGCGUGCAAGAGAAGUAGCCUUGGACCUUUUGAUGGGUUCGCCCAAGAAGUCUUAUACUCUGCUGCGUAAAUAUGGCGAGGCGUUAAAAUCUGUAAACCCAGGUACGACAUUUAAUUUUAAGCUUGAGGAUGAUAAAUAUUUUCAAUAUGCAUUCAUGGCCCUUGGAUGCUCUAUAAGAGGGUUUAGAAGCUGCAUUCGAUCAGUUCUUGUCAUUGACGGUGCUCAUCUGAAAGGAAAAUAUAAAGGUGUAAUACUUAUUGCCUCUUUUAUUGAUGGUAAUAAUCAGAUCUAUCCAGUAGUGUUUGGAAUUGUUGAUAAGGAAUCAGACAACUCUUGGAAUUGGUUCUUGGAUAAAGUGAAGAGUGUGAUUGGAGAGGUAGAUGGAUUGGUUUUCGUGUCCGACCGACAUCAAGCCAUUAAUAACUCUGUAGCUAAUGUAUUCCCUAAUGCUGAACACGUUAGUUGCAUGCAUCACAUCAAGAUGAACCUUAAUGACAAGUUCAAGAACGAGGGCAUGCAGAUGCUGUAUCUUCAAGCUGCGUAG